AGGCUUUGUCGUCGACCAACACUUUUUUGCAACAGCUCCAAAAUCGUAAAAUUUUCCACCAAUUUUCUGUUUUCUUAGGGGCACUCUAUAAGAUAAAAAUUAAAGAAGUGAAAAAACGAAGAGCACACCGUACCCCACACCCCAUAAACGUGGAAAAGCAGUGAUAGACCCGACCGAGAAAAAAUGCCGGUGAAGAAUGGUGAAUCCGAUGGCGAGGGCGAUGUUUCUGGAGCGGAAUCGGAGCACUCGAACUCCAGCCAGGCACACGACACCUCAGACGAAGAGGAGGCCAACGAAUGCGACUCCGAUGACUCCUCCGAGCUAGACGCCAACGAAAUUGAGCGCCGGCGGGCGGAGCACAUGGAGGAUUUGAUGAGCCUGGAGCGGCAGUUUAACCAGCUGCGGGAACAGUACUACUUCGAACGCAUCAAUCUCAUCGAUCGCCAGCUGCAGGAGGUGCGUUCGGGCCGCUCCGAGGAGUUCGUUCAUCCUCAGAAGGAGCUGGACAAGGUCUAUCGCACCCGCAUCGAGGUGGCCGAUGUGCUGCGUCGAUUCCGCUUGCAGAACAUCGAGCACAAGUUCCUCUCCGAGGAGCAAGCAGCCGUACAGCACUUUGAGAGCGAGAAGCACAUGGCAGUGGAUUUCCUGCGCGAGGAGCUGGUGGAGCGUAUACGUCGCCUGGAGGAGGACCGGCACAACGUGGACAUCUCCUGGGCCGACUGGGGCACCGACAAGCGCCAGAGCAAGGUGCGCGGUCCGGGACGCAAGAAGGCCGUUACCGUAACAGGGCCAUAUGUGGUGUAUAUGCUACGCGACGAGGACAUUAUGGAGGACUGGACGAUCAUACGCAAGGCCCUGAAACGAUCCUCCUCCACUGCCGCUGCCGCCACUGCCACAGCACCCGCAACGGCCGGAGUGCCCGGAGUCAGUCUGUCCGGCUUGCCACCCAUGGCCGGGGCCAGUGGAUAACGGUGGGGCGUGGCUGCUUACGCCCAUCUGCGUACCUGACGGCGACAGCAGCAGAAUCAGCAUAAGUAGUACCAUAAGCAGGAGCAAGAGAAAGAAAGAGAGUAGGAAGAGAGCUCCCACAUCCGAUUAAUUUUAGGCGAUUAAGUUAACCUUUGAAAUAUCCUGUAGACUUUAGUUGUCGCACCACCUUCUCACUCCUCUCCCCCCCUCCAGUCAUCCAGACAAUGUAAUUUAUGCUAAAUUAUAAGCGAGAAUAAAUGUGGUUACCAGAA